AUGACCUGUGACACACUAGAAAUUGCAUUAGACUACGCCGACCUAAGCUCCAGCAAAACUUUGACUCUCCAGCUCGCCAAGAUAACUGGUACUGAGAAACCUAACAAGAAAUCAGUUCUGCUAAGUUUUGGUGACCCGGGAGAGAACUCGUUGACAGAUUUAAACAACAGUGGAGCUGAGCUAGAAGUUAUCUUCGCCGGCCAUGUCGACCUCAUCGCCUUUAACACGGUAUUUCUCGAAGGUGUUGGAAAUACUUUGCCGUUUUCCUGCUAUAACAACACGGCCGAAAGUAUGAAUGCACCCAUGGAAGCGACGAUCUACACCAACGCGUCUGACACAGCCGUGGCUUCCGCUUGGGCGGCGGCAACAAAUUAUGCGAAUACGUGCUGUGCGCGUAUGAAAAACAUGGGCGAUCUUUUUGGCACGGCGUUUAUUGCAAGAGAUAUGAUGGAGAUCGUUGACGCACUCGAAGAGGAUGGCUUGCUGCACUAUUGGAGCUUCUCAUAUGGUACAGUUCUAGGAGCCACUGUUGCAGCCAUGUUCCCAUAUAGGAUGGGCAGCGUAGUUCUGGACGGUGUGCUAAAUCCGUACGAGUAUUGUCACGGAUACGACAAUCAGCAGCUAGCUCGUACCGACGAUAUUUUGGACGGAUUCUGCUCUUCUUGGCUCGAAGCACCUAAGCUUUGUCCACUCUCGACAAUAGCUUCUUCAGGAAUCCCGUUAAAAGAGAAGCUAUACAAGAUGCUGGACUCCAUCAAAUAUCACCCCAUCCCGGUCGGAGCAUCUCUUCUGGAUUAUGUUAACGUGAAAGGCAUGAUAUUCAACGACUUAUAUAAUCCAGUCGACUGGCCGACCUUAUCCAACCUGCUCUUCUCCGUAAUGACCCGUAAUGUGACCGCCUUGGUUGAAUUUAUGGCGGCCCAGAGUGCCAGCACGGCCACCUCCCAGGCUUCGAUCAUGCUAGGUUUUGAGAAGGCGUAUCAUACGAGCCGCAAGACAGGCGACGUCAACGUCCACAUCAAUAUGGAGUGUGCGCAAUGGAAGAAGUGGGUUAAGGAGCACUACAUGGGCGACUUCAGGGUCAAAACUCACAAUCCAGUAUUGCUAAUUGGCAACACCUGGGACCCGGCGACACCUUCUGUGUCGGCACAAAACGUGAGCAAUGCGCUAGAGGAGAGCGUUCUUCUCCGACAUAACGGAUAA